UUCAUCCUGCCGGACUUCGACACGCGCAAGCCCUUCGCGUCGUUCCUCCCGGGCAUCGGCGGCGAGUGGGGCAUGCCCAUGUGGGCCUUCUACGUCAACCGGGGCCAGGGCCUCGCCGCGUUCGGCGUCGAGAACAAGGACAAGCCGCUCAUGGAGUUCACGCCCGCGAACAAGGCCUACCUGACGACGUCCACGGAGGGCUUCCGCACGAUGCUCAAGGUCUCGCGCGACGGCGGCGAGCCCAAGCUCGCCCAGCCCUUCUUCUCCGUCGACGACGACGCCGCGGACCGGACGAUGCUCAUCGGCAUGAACGAGCUCGAGAUCGCCGAGGUCGACGCGGCCACGGGCCUCGAGACGCGCAUCCUCUACUACACCGUGCCCGGCGAGGACUUCCCCGCGCUCGUGCGCCGCGUGACCAUCACGAACCUCGAGGACACGGAGGCCGCCGUCGACGUCGUCGACGGCCUCGCGCGCCUCGAGCCCUUCGGCGUCAACAGCGGCCAGCUCGCGGCCAUGGGCCGCACGCUCGAGGGCUGGAUGCGCGUCUACAACUGCGGCCGCGACGAGGACAGCGACGUCGUCGACAAGGGCCCCUGCGAGCUGCCCUACUUCAAGCUGAGCGCGUCGACGGCCGACUCGGCGCAGGUCGCGAUGAUCACCGAGGGCAACUUCGCCUUCGGCUUCGUCGAGGACGGCGACGAGUCGACGCUCGUGCCCAUGAUCGUCGACCCGGACGUCGUCUUCGGCUCCGACACGACGUUCCGCGAGCCGCUGGGCUUUACGGACUACGAGACGCUCGCGGCCGCGGACGAGGUCAAGGUCUCGAAGACGCCCUGCGCCUUCGCGCUCGCCCAGAAGACGCUGGCGCCCGGCGCGGCCAUGACCCUCGUCGAGGUCUUCGGCCACGCCAAGACGGUAGAGCAGCUCACGGGCGACAUCGCGCCCAAGGCGCUCGAGACCGCGUUCGUCGCGGGCAAGUACGCCGAGGCCGUCGCGCUGGCCGAGCGCCUCACGCGCGUCGUCCAGAGCGACACGGCGAACCCCCUCUUCGACGCCUUCUCGCGCCAGAUGCAGCUCGACAACCUCCUCCGCGGCGGCUACCCCGAGUUCCUCGGCGACCCCGAAAACCCCAAGGUCUACCACACCUUCUCCCGCAUCCACGGCGACCUCGAGCGCGACUACAACAACUACCAGAUCGACACGACCUACUACUCCCAGGGCAGCGGCAACUACCGCGACGUCAACCAGAACCGGCGCGUCGACGUCUACCUCUUCCCCCGGCUCGGCGACUUCAACCUCCGCGAGUUCCUCACGCUCAAGCAGGCCGACGGCUACAACCCGCUGACCUCCGCGAAGAAGCUCGCGUCGAUCCUCGGCCGCCCCUUCCGCCCCGGGGACCUCUUCGUCGCCGCCAAGGCCGCCAAGGUCGAGCUGAGCGUCGAGCGCGAGGCGUUCCUCGACGCCGUCGCCGCGGCGUCGGACCAGGUCUUCGCGGCCAACUACACGCACGAGGGCUUCUGGGCGGACCACUGGGACUACGACCUCGACCAGGUCAUCUCCUUCGAGGCCAUCUUCCCCGACGACGUCGAGCGCGCCAUGUGGGACGGCGAGCCGCUGCCCUUCUACAUGUCGUCGGGCACGGUGCAGCCGCGCGACUUCAAGUACGUCGAGGUGCCCGAGCUCGGCGUCCGCCAGUACAACAGCGUCUACGACGACCCGGCGAAGCUCGGCCAGCUCAACGACCGCAUCACGAAGCCCGACGGCGCCUUCGAGCUCGCCAGGGACUCGUCGGGCGAGACGGACGACGCGCACACGUACGUCUACGCCGUGUCGCCCGUGGCGAAGCUCUUCCUGCUCUGCGUGACCAAGUUCGCGCUGCUCGACCCGUCGGGCAUGGGCAUCGAGAUGGACGCGAACAAGCCCGGCUGGAACGACGCCAUGAACGGGCUGCCCGGGCUGCUGGGCUCCGGCAUGGCGGAGACGGCGGAGUGCUGGCGCAUCGCCGUGUGGCUCAAGGAGACGAUCGCCCGCGUCGACCGGGGCAUCACCGUGCCCGCGGAGCUCGACGGCCUCGUGUCCAACAUCACGGAGGCCCUGGGCGACGCCUCCCUCUCCGACUUCGAGUACUGGGACGCGGUCGCGGACGCGCGCGAGGCCUACCGCGAGUCCGUGCGCCUCUUCUUCUCCGGCGACGAGGUCAAGCUCUCGGCCAAGGCGCUCGUGUCCUUCCUUGGCGACGUCGCGGACAAGCUCGAGAAGGGCAUCGAGAAGUCGCUGACCUACACCGACGGCGUCGUCAUGCCGUCCUACUUCCAGCACGAGGUCAAGGACUUCGAGUACACGGGCAUGACGAACUUCGUCGGCCAGCCCUUCGUCCACGCCAAGGCCUUCAAGGCCAAGGUCUUCCCGCUCUUCCUCGAGGGCCCCGUGCGCCAGCUCAAGACCGUCGACCGCGACGACGAGGCGCAGCUCAAGGCCAUCCACGACGCCGUGCUCGCGUCGGACCUCUACGACGAGCCCAUCGGCCAGUACAAGAUCUGCGAGUCGCUCGAGGGCCAGCCCUUCGAGAUGGGCCGCAUGAUGGCCUUCACGCCCGGCUGGCUCGAGAACGAGUCCAUCUGGCUCCACAUGUCCUUCAAGUGGUACCUCGAGCUCAUCCGCGCCAAGCUCUUCGACGAGUUCUGGACCGCGAUGGAGACGGGCGCGCCCUACAACAUGGACGUCGACACCUACGGCCGCUCGCCCCUCGAGUGCGGCUCCUUCAUCGUGUCCUCGGCCUACCCCGACGAGUCCAUGUGGGGCACGUCCUUCCUCGCGCGCCUCUCCGGCUCGACGGCCGAGUUCCUCUCCAUGUGGCUCGAGAUCUUCGUCGGCUCGCGGCCCUUCUCGCUCUCCGAGGACGGCGAGCUCGAGCUCGCCUUCGCGCCGGCGCUCAAGGGCGACAUGUUC